UACUCGGAACUUUCAUCCAUGGCUGCUACGAGGAGCAGGACAAGCAGUUUCUCUCGGAACCAAUCCACUUCACCUUUAUCUCAGAUACCUGGAAUCAAGCCUGGACCUAAUGGAGUAACUUAUGUAUCCUCUGGAAUCCCAGACCUUGACAAGAUUUUAGGAGGUGGGUUUCCAUUAGGAAGUUUAGUAAUGAUAAUGGAAGAUGCAGAAGAAGCACCACAUCAUUUAUUAUUAUUAAGGAAUUUCAUGUCGCAAGGACUUGUACAUAAUCAACCGCUUUUUUAUGCGAGUCCUUCCAAAGACCCAAGAGCUUUUCUUGGUACUUUACCUAGUCCCGUUUUGUCGAAAAACGAAAAAAGUCGCAGCAGUAUUGAUCAAGAACAGGAGAAGGGUUUAAGGAUUGCUUGGCAGUACAAGAAGUAUUUUGGGGAGAGUCAACAAAAUCUCGAUGGAAAUGCAACUGAGUACUGCAAUGAAUUUGACUUGCGCAAACCACUCGAGAGGCAUGUAUUGAAUGCGCAGCGAAUUGAGUGUUUUAGUAUCCAAGAGUCACCAAGUCUUUCAGCUUUUCGUGAUCGAUGUUCUUCAUUCUUAACUCAAACUUCAAGGAAUGAUGGUGGAACUAUAUGUCCGAGUAGAAUUGCCAUACAAUCAUUCUGUGCUCCACAAUGUUGCUAUUCUGAGAUGGAAUGGGAUAUGCUUUCCUUUAUUAGGUCUCUGAAAAGCAUGGUACGGUCUUCAAAUGCAGUUGCGGUGAUUACUUUUCCGCCAUCGCUUCUUUCAUCUUCCUUCUCUAAGAGAUGGCAGCAUAUGGCAGAUACCUUGCUUGCAGUCAGAGCAAUCCCAGACGAGGACAAAGAGUUGGCGAAACUCCUGACUGGCUACCAGGAUAUGGUUGGUUUUCUUCACCUGCACAAAGUAGCCCAGAUCAAUGCACAGGUUCCUGUAAUUCUCGAGGCAACAACAUUCUCGAUAAAGCUCCAACGGCGUAGAUCUUUGGUCCUAGAGAGGCUAAACCAAGCCCCAGUUGACGGUUCAAGUGGUAGUUCACACGAUGCAUCAGGCAGCUGCGGUGGUGGUUCAAAGUCAUCCGUCCUUGAUUUUUAGUUCUAUAAUCUCAAUGAAGAAAACAAAAGUUCGGGUGUUCAACCCUUGGGCGAUGUUUUGGAGUCCCUGUUGUCCAACAGGAUCUAUGAAAUUCUGGGUUUCUCCAAUCGUCGGGGCACUUCAAGGCAUAGCAUAGAAUCAUACCGAGUGUGCUUUGGUGGCCCAUCAAAAGGACUUUCUAGCCUGUUCAAUGCACUGAGUUUUGGGGAGGUUGUCUUUGUGAACUAAUUACAUGUAAACUAGCUCAUACGGUUUAUCUUCCAUAUUAAAAAAGUUGCAAAGAGAAUAAACUUCAAAUUUCA